UGGGGGGACUCCCGAGAAGCUUGGAUCCUGGAUUCUAACUUCAGCAGGGAAGUGUAGAUUUCAAUAUAGACCAGGGGUUUCAUAAAAAAACAAUAAAAAACAACAACAAAAACCCCAGAGUGAGAAGCUAGAUAAUUUUUUAAUCCUUUAGUCAAUGCUGCUUUACUCUAUGGAAAUCCUGCACAAUUUAAAGGGGGAAGAAAUCCCAACGGGGGGAGGAGCAGGGGGAGGAGAAAAGGCCCCCCUUUUUUUUUCUCUUCCUGGGAGAAAAAUCUGCUCUCUUUGAUCCACCCUCUUGGUAUGCGCCUCUGCCUACCUGCCGGCAAGUUGAAGCUCAUCCUUCCCCUCCCUUCGUGUCCGGGACUCCGGGGUGAGUCCUGGGAGCGAGGGGAAGCCUCUGCCUGGCUGCCGGGCAGGGAAGGAGUCGGUGCUUGGACGUUUCCCCGCUUCUCGCCCAGCCUUGGCCCGGGCCACGGCUGGCAGCGGGCGGGCGGGCGGACGGGGGCGGGCCGCAGGUGAACCUGACUCCAGGAACUUGAUCAGCGGCCGGGAGGAGGAGAGGAGCUGCCGGCCGGGCCGGGCCGGGCCGGGCCGGGCCGGGCCGGGCCGGGCCGGCGGACAGAGGCGCGGGUCGCUCGGACGGAGGUGUGGACGGACAGGGGCGAGCCAUGGCCCGGGAGCUGAGCCAGGAGGCCCUGCUGGACUUCCUGUGCCGGGCGGGCGGGGAGGUGACCAACGCCGCGCUGCUGGGCCACUUCAGGCGCUUCCUGCGGGACCCGGCGCUGCCGGCCGAGCAGGUGCGGCGGCAGCGGGAGCAGUUCAAGGGCUUCGUUAACUCCGUGGCCACGGUGCGGCGGGACGCGGGCGUCGCGGGCAGCCGCGUGGUGCUCAGGAAGCGCUACCGGGACCUGCUGGGCGAGGAGCUGCAGCCGCCGCCCGCGGAGGAGCCGGCGGCGGGCGCCGGGGGCAGGCCGCCCGGCGGGCCGUGCUGCGAGCGCCGGCAGGAGCGGCAGGUGCCGGCGCCGCCCGUGUUCAGGAGCAUCCGGUGCCAGCUCUCCCUGCAGGACCUGCACGGCUUCGUGGAGGAGGGCAGCGGCAGCGACAGCGGCAGCUGCUCGGCCCCCCGGGAGGCGGCGCCCGUCGGCGGGCGCGGGGAGGGUCCCGGGGCAGCGGCCGCCGGCCCCGCCGCGCCGCCCGGCCGCCGAGCCCCGCCGGCGGUGCCGCUGGAGCGGCGGGAGCACGCGUGGCUGGUGCGGGUGGCCGGCGGGCCGUGGCGGGCGGCGCGGGCGCUGCUGCAGGAGGAGCCGGGCCUGGCGGCGCGCAGGGACUUCAUCUCGGGCUACACGGCGCUGCACUGGCUGGCCAAGCGCGGCGACCUGCGCGCCCUGCACGACCUGGUGGGCGCGGCGCGGCGGGCCGGCGUGGCCUUGGACCCCGACGCGCGCUCGGGCUGCGGCUACACGCCGCUGCACCUGGCGGCCAUGCACGGGCACCAGGCGGCCGUGGAGCUGCUGGUGCUGCAGCUCAGCGCCAAGGUGCACCUCAGGGACAGCAGCGGCCGCCGGCCCUGGCAGUACCUGGGCAGCGCCGUCUCCGGGGACACGUGGCGCCUGCUGGGGGCUCCCCGGGGCACCCCCAUCUUCCCCACGCAGGCCUUGGCCCCCUCGAAGGCCAAGAGCCAGGAGGUUGCCCGGGCCCUCAGCCGGAAAACCUCCCUGGCUGCCUGUCUGCGCCCGCCGCACGUCCGGCACCUGGCGGUGCCCCGGCCCCUGGCCCUGCAGGACAAGGAGGAGUACAGCGACUGAGCCGCUGCGCACAGCAGUGGAGCCUGCCAGAGGGGGCCUGGGUGCCAGGCAUGUAUUGUGCGGACUAGCCUGGCUCCUGCCAGGCCUCUUGCCAACCAUGAGUAAUUCAGGGCAUUCCCCACCCUCCCCGCCAAGACAUCGGCUAAUGCCCUCGCAACUCCCUGCCAUGGGAGACUCCUGACGUGGGAUGCUUGGGAGCACUUACUCCCUGCCCCUCACCUCCUUCCAGCUCCAAGCUCAGACCACUGGCCUUAGAAAAGGAAGUGAUGAGUCUUCUUCCUGGCCAUGUACUUCCAAGCACUGCCCGACUUGGAAAGCUGGGGUGAUGAGGUGUGUGCUCGGCCACAGGGAGUAAAGGUUAGAGGCCACAAAUCAUCCCUCACUGACCUGUUUUUCAUGGUCUAAGGGCUGUAUGAGAGAGCACUUCAUGGAGCGAGGGGAGAGACAGAUCAUCAGGCUAGUAACUUGAACACACAUAUUGUCAUUAUAAAAUGACACAGACACUCAAGUGACAUAAGGCUGAGAUUGAGGUAUCCUUGACACUAUAGGCACCAACUUUUAUUUUUGCCAGAGGCCUAAGAUGAUGGACAUGUGGACAGUUUUAUGCAUUUCAGGUGACAGCCCUCUUCCCGAGGGGGGCCUGGGUCCUCGGGUCGACCCCCAAGUAGCCAAGUACCUUUGCUUGGCACCACUCUUGUGCCUAGCAGAGAUUACAGGGGUGUGGGAAUGCAGCCUCUUUGGCAUUGGCGACAUGUAGGGGGUGCACCCCAUGGAAGCGCCAGCCGCAAAACCAGAAGUGCACGCCAGGCUCGGGAGGCACCAGUCGCCCAUGCUCUUUGGAAGGCUAAUAAGAGCAAUGAGGACCACUGCACUGGGUUUUCUUCCAAGGGACUCAGUCUUUGAAAUUGCUCUGAAAAUCCAGGACUUGUUUUGGUUUUGUGAAGUUUAAUUGAGUGAAUGGGAAAGGCACUACUGUCACAGAGGCAUAAUAUAUAUUAUUAGAACAACCUUUUGUUUUUAAAUGAAUAAGGUUAAUAAAGGCAGACAAAGUUAUUUGGGUAAAUGGGAUAAGUUAAUAAAACUUUUUAUAAAAUAUUGCUGCUAUGUUUAUAUACAUUUGCAUGUAUUAGUCCCUGUUAGUCAUGCCCAUUUCUGCUAGUUAGUAUGAAUAUAGAUAUCUUUCUCUUUCCAGAAGAUGUUUGAUCCCCAAAUGCAAGGUGUUAGAUGUUCUUUCUCAUCCACAGAUGAUAACUCUUUGAGGGUUUUAAUGUCACAAUAUUAAUACCACAGCAGCAAAAAAGCAGACCCAUGUGCCGUGCUGGUUUUCCAGUGGCUGUUUUGUUGGGUCUAUUACAUUUUAUAUCUUCUGCCUGUCUGCCUGAUUUGCACAUGCAGUUUAUUCCUAAAAGCAACUGGCUGUUUGACUCUCUCUUUUAAAAAGACUUUAAGAAUUUUCCAUAUGAAUGUUUUAUGCAGCCCUAUGACAUUUUUGUACAGAGAUAUGAAACACUGUUCUUAACAACCACAGAGCAUUUCAAUCAAUCUAUGCACUAUUUGUUCAUCAUGCUAUUUGCUAAAUUUCAGGAGUGGACUAGACAGUCACAGUGGCCCCUUUAAUCUCAGGGGGUUUUAAUGUGGAGAUUGAGAGCCAGACCAGCUCUUAAAGCCACAGAGUCUUAAGGGGCACCAUGCCAGCAGAAGUUCCCACAGAGGCUUUGCCUGCGGAGGGGUGUUGCAGAGACAUGCACAUGGAGUGCAUGGUCUUGAAGGUGUAACAUGUUCAUUCCAGAAAGGAAUCCAAGCCAUUGCCACAGUCCUGCUCCUCCCACAGGUGUUGGGGAUGUUUAUUAACCUGGAGGAUGCUUAUUAACCUUAUCUGUACUAAUGCUUUACUUCCUCCUCCCUUCUCCAUCUGGAGAUGAAAUUCAACCAAAGCACAAAGAAUUAUCUUAAGGUUGUCCAGGACACCUCCAUAGGGGGAGUAGGCCUGAGGAGGUAUCUGCGCCUACAUUCUGUGGAAUGAGUCCCAGUGCAGCCCCAAGCAAGCAGAAGGCCAUUCCAGACAGUGGGUGAGUUGCAACAGGAAAAGAGCUACAAAUCAACCUUUGUGUGGACCCAGUGGGGCCAGCUCCCCCAGCAACUGGCCUUUGGGGUUACGCAGCAGUCCUACCCUCUGGCCCUGGGUUCAUCUCCUCAAAAUUCAAAUGCCUGAGCUGGGCAGAGUGCAUCCUAUGGCAGGAGCCCCAGCAAUAGGUUCUGCUUGCCUGCUUCAUGGAUUCAUGAUGGAGGAGGACCUGGGAGGAAGGGGAGUGAAUUCAGUGUGAUUGCUUCAAGAGUUAAGGGGUUGCUCUGGGUUCCAGAUCCUCCAAGCACAUACCAAACUGCUUUAGCAGAAUACACAAGAGUAGUCGUAUGCCUUAAGCACAUACAUAACGGUUUUCAGUGUUAGGCAGCAGUGUAACUGGGGCAAAACCCUUACAUCAGUGAUUCUCAGUCAUGACACGGCAGCACCCUGGGGAUGCUUUGAGAGCCUUUGAAGUGUGCUGCAGAGUGCCAUGCAAGGUUAGCACUGUUAGGUAUGCAAACAUGAAAAAGAAAAACCCAGAUAUUUCAAAUAGGAAUUCACAGUGCCAAAAAACAUUCUGACCUGUUGUGGUCUUUCUGGACUACUUUGCAACAGAAGAAAUUGCUCGAUUUUUUUUUUAUUUUUUUUUUGUAGUAAAAUAUGAAUGAAAAGUAAGAGCUGGCAUUCUCUGAGGGGACCUUGUAUCUAAAAAGGUUGAGAAUCACUGCUUUACAUAAUGUGUCUAACAUGAACUACUAAAAGAAAGUGUGCUUACCUCAGUCUUUAAUUGAGGCCUGAGAAUUUUGUCUGGCAUAAAAGGGAGAAACUAAACAGUGGAACUUGAUUAGUGUUAACUCCCCCUUAUUCCAGCCUUGUUUUUCUCUGCUGUUUAUUAAACUGCUUCCUCUUCUAGUGAGAA